CACAGCUAAUUAAAUCCAGCCAAAAUACCCAGAAGCAAACAAGAGUAAUAAAACUAAUCUUACUGAAGCGACAAGCAAACAAUAAUCAUCUACACAUAUUGGCCGACAUGGCCAAACCAACGCGUUAUGCGGCGAACAAUGAGCCGCUUAACAUAUUCCGAGAUGUCGAUUACUUCGAACAGCAAGCGCCUUCAAUCAGCCGAGCACCGAUGCCCUCCGUUGGCAAGUCAUCUCCUCGCCGAGUACUACAGAAUUCGAAUAGCAAUGUAAUCCUCAACCCUCCGAAUGCAUAUGCGAAGCAACAUUCGCCGUACAAGGCGAGCGGUCGCACCACCGCUUCUCCCCUGGCUCCUCUUAAGUCAUCAAAUGGCAACAAACUUAAUUCAGUAUCAAUACUCCCGCCAUCCUCUCAUGGACAGACAACCGAUUCAAUGCAGAAGAAACAACCAAUAAUGUCGCGAUUCAAGACUGUGGUUCAAAAGCCCACCGCGGAUGUGAACCCGAGUUUCGGAAAGGAGAAUGUCCACCCUACUCUAUACCCGGCGCCAGCAGCAUUUAAUUUGAACCUCGAGAAUUAUUACCAGAACGCACCUCCUCGAAAGCGAGCACUACUUGAAGCCGCACCGAUCCAGGACUCUAGACCGCCAAAGAAGGCCAAGUUGGAAGAAUCGCCUUUACCGGCCCCUGACUCAUUUCCCGCCAUUGAGGACAAUGGAGCGAAACCGUCGUAUAGUUAUGCUCAACUUAUUGGGAUGGCGAUUUUACGCGCUCCUCAGAGACGACUCACUCUCUCGCAGAUCUACAAAUGGAUUUCCGACAACUUCUCUUUCUAUAGUGCACAGGACGCGGGCUGGCAGAACAGUAUCAGGCAUAACCUUUCCCUCAACAAGGCAUUCAUAAAACAAGAGCGACCAAAGGAUGAUCCCGGCAAGGGCAAUUAUUGGGCAAUUGAGUCUGGAAUGGAGCACCAAUUCAUGAGAGAGAAGCCAAGUAAGAAGGCGAUCGCGAGCAUGGGGAACACCCCCUUCAUGUCCAACCGUAUUGAACCAGCACGCGCCGAGCCUACAAUUUUCCAUGAUGGCUUGCCAUCCCUGCCUCCGGUCCUUCCAGCACAGUCUCAUCCACCUGCUUACGAUAUCACGGCACAAGGCCCGGACCAGACUGAACCUCAGGUCUCGUCGGACGCUACUAUCCCACUCUCUGAUAACGCCGGACCGGAAGAGCAAGCGGAGAAGACGCAGGAGCAAGAAUUGCCCGUUGAGACUAACACAUAUUCGCCUCUUCCUGCUGAUAUGCAUUCGUCUCCUCCGGUUCCUCGUCGCACAUCAGUUCGAAGCAACACGCCGCCUCCUCACAAGAGAGAGUUUCCGUCCUCUGGUUCGCGUAAACAUACACACAAGCGCAAGUACGCCUCAUUGGACGCGUCCAUGGAUGACAGUGGAUAUAUCUCGUCAUUAGAUUCUUCAGUCAUGCGUCCUAGGGGAAAUCGGCUACUAAGCUCGGGAACUGAUCGGCCCCGAAUUAAGCGAGGACGAGCUGAGGAGGAAAUUGCAAGACUGCGCGCCUCUUCCUAUGACAGUCCCACUAAGGGACGCCCUUAUGAUUUCCCUCCUCCGUCUUCGUCUCCUAUCCGUCAGGUUAACGAAGGUGGUCAAAUGUUACCUCCGCUGACCCCCGCGGUGAAGAUCAAACCUCCUCCGAAGCCUCCGGCUUCUGUCUCGCCUAACACGAACCUACGCAUGCAUAGAGACAGGGUUCGAUCAAUGCUCAACUCGCCUCUUCGUCGUGUUAGUAACAUAGAUGAGGACAUUCCGUGGAGCCCAGCAUUCCAUAUGGAUGACACCGUUUUCAAUGUGAGCGAUUUUCCAACCGAAUCUAACGAGUUCGACAUCUAUCAAGAUGUGUCAUUGGAUCCGUUCUUUGCUGCGGACAAUGGGUCUCCUAUAAAGCGCUCAGCUAGGAGGAUGCGCUUGGAUCGAUCUACUUCCGCCAGUGCUCUUGGUGAGCUCACGAAUUCGACGUCUAAGAGGUCGAUUACGUCAGCCCCCUUGCUGAAGGCUCCGGCAUUACCUGUUUACGAAACACCGAGCAAGGUGUUUGAAGGCAUGUCUUCUCCAAGCAAGCUCUUCUUGCAACAGUCUCCUACGAAACAACCGUCUCCCUCUAAGAAUGACUGGAUGAACCUAGAAGACUUCUGCACAAAUCAAUUCUUCGAAGAUGUAGAUGACGGUGCAGGCAUAGACAUCCUUCAAGGCUUCGAAAGAAUCAACGGUAGCCAGCCAUCUGGCGGACCAUCUACUUCUAAAAAUUCGAAGCCAGGUCUAGGCCGCAGCUUUACCACUACAUUUUAAACUCACCCCCUUUACUGCUCCUCUGAGAGCUUCUAUGGGCGGCUCAUCAUAAUUUGACGAUGAUAACGAAUAACGACUCCAUUGCAUCAACACCUACCUUUCCUACCUUCGACUCGAUUAUGUCGAAUAUGUUGUCUACACCUUCUAUGACUAUAGACCUAUCCGACUACCUUCUCGCCUCACGGCCUUCUUGUCUAUUGUUUGAUAUCAUAAUGACGAUACGUGCUUCAGGCAUACGCUACUACUUUGACUACACCACGGCGCCUAUAUGAUGAGAUCUGGAAAUACUACUCUGUUUCUCUUGUUUGGAGUUUCGUUUCGCGCGAGUAUAGGCCAAAUGAGCCUUUUAUUUUGCCUUUGUACGCGCACCUUUUAU